AUGGCGGACUCGCAAAUUGUUUGCGGCAUACUCAAUGAGAUGACUAGUAGUAUGGCAUCAGUGCGAGAGUCGAUGCAAUCCCUCAAACAAAAAUUAGAUUCUGCAGACGAAAUGGAUAUGAAAGACGGAAUAUCUUUACUUUCGCUCAAAAACCACCUGCUUCUGUCGUACUUGCAAUCACUUGUCCUGCUCUCUGCACGCCGAGCAACUGGAGACUCGUUGACAGACAGAACGCCGGUCAAGUCCCCCUUCAGUACAGUCGAUCGAGAGGUGCGGGGCUCUGGCGCUGGCGAUCUAGUCGACUCUAUGAUAGAGAGUCGCGUGGUGCUCGAAAAAACAAAAGUCCUGGAAAGCAGGAUGCGAUACCAGAUUGAGAAGCUGGUCAGAGUUGCUGAAGAAAUCCCUUCUGGAAAAGAUGUGGCUGAAGAUCCCCUCGCCUUUCGUCCAAAUCCCAAAAAUCUCGUCGACAACGAGCAGCACUCCGACGAGGAGCAAGAUGACCGUUCAGAUCUCGAAGACCCCGAUGGAAUAUACCGCCCUCCCAAACUCGCACCCAUGCCUUACACGGAAGCCGCAGCCGACAAGCGUUCUAAACGACAGCCCGUUCCCAAGACACUUUCUACCCUUCUUCAUCAAGACCCCUCGCGUCCGCACAUCGAGGGUACAUCUGGCCUUGGCUCAAUGCCCUCCCUCGCGUCCGACCGCGCCCGCGAAAUUCAACGUAUAAAAGACUUCGAGGAGGAAAACUUCACUCGAUUAGUUAUGAAGAAGAAAGACGCGCGCAGGCGACGGAAAGAUGAAGAGGAUUUGGCACUCGGUGGUACGGGUGCUGGAAAGGGCAGGAAGAGAGGCCGGGGUCUUGAGGAUGAGUUCGCGGACGUGCUGCACUCAGUCGGGCGCACGAAGACGGGCGUGCUUGGCGAUGGAUAUGAAGAGCUGAGAAAAAGGGGUAAGAAAGCUGAUGCACUAUCGAGAUCGCGAACGACAUGGAAGGGAGAUCUUGAGGACGCAGACGCAGACGGGCCGCGACUGAAGAAAAAGUCACGGUUUGAAAAGGCAAAGACGACUUUACACAAGAAAAUGAAGGCAAAAAGGAAAUAG